UCAACAACAAUGCUGCAGGUUAAGUCAUUGACGCUGCUGAGCUGCCUGCUGCUGCUGGCGCUGCUGGCUGCUUGCACAGAGGCUAAUAAAGCUGCCACCACUACGGUGUGCCCCCCAGAUGGCGACAAUGAUGACUACCCUGAUCGCUUUGACAACGACACGCUCUGCGACAGCUUCAAGCGGCUGCGCUCGACCAUAGAAAAGGAUACGCUGGUCGAGCUCAUUCAGUCGCACUAUCAAUGCAACUCCAAGUUCCGCAAGGCCAUGUGCUACUACGACACCAAACGCUUUCGCAUUGUAGCCCAGCAGCUGCAGCAGAGCGAUGCCUACGUUGAUAUCCUGCUGGAGCUCAACCUGGCCGGCGUCGACACCAGCGAUAUUGAGAACAUUGUUGAUAUAUUCGCCUGCAUUGUGCUGCCCGUGCCGCGUCCUGACAACAGCUGCGACUGUCGCGCGCUGCGUGGACACACGUUCAUUGGCGAUUUGCUGGCUGCCAUGCCACAGCAGGCGGUGCAUGAGAUAAACACAAGGGCCAAGCGCAAUAACUUUGCCCGCUUUGUUCAAACCGUCAAUUCCAGCGAAUUCCAGGCGCAUCUGCAAGCCAAUUUGCUGAAGCGCGACGCUGCGCGUCCCUUGCACGUGCUGAGCCGCAAUGGCUGGAAUGUGCCCGAGCUGCUGCGCGCCGUCAUGACCAUCUUGUCCUGGUAAUCACACGUCUAUAUGCUGCUUUACAAAUAUUUACACAUAUGGCAUUUCAAAACUGAAUAAAUAGCAAAGCAAAUCGCAAGCCAAGCUUGUGUGGUUUUCA